AUGAUCACCCUCGAGUCCACAAGAUUGCGACCGGCCCAGUCAACCCCUACAUCAACACCCCUGUCCAUCCUCGACGCGACAGUCGCUCGCUUCGCCCCAACAGGAGGAAUCUGGAUCUAUGAUCAACCUGCCAAUGUGGACCGAAAAACCUUGAUCGACAACCUGCGGAUCUCAUUAAUCGAGACUCUAUCCAAAUUCCCUCAUUGGGCAGGCCAACUCCAAUGGACACCCUUCAACCCCAAAGGAAAACACACAGAACGCUUCAAUCGCCCAUUAAUCGUGUAUGGAACGGAUGAAGAUCCAGGCGUGGAAUGGAGAGUCGUCGAACAUCCCACCGGAGUGGCUGAUAUCGUCCCCACAGCCCAAGACCGGGCCUCAUCCACCACUGCAUCUCGCCCCGGAGCAUGGGCAGGCGAUAACUUCGACCAGCAGCUAUUCAUCUCACCCAACCCUCUGGCAUUAGCCAAUCUGCGCGACUAUGCCGGUCUACCAGGUGUGCAAGUUCAAAUUACACUUCUUCGCGACGGAUGCUACGCCAUCGGAGUCAAGAUCGCACAUUGUCUAGCAGACGCACAGGCCUUGAUGGUCUUCGUGCAUCUCUGGGCAUUCAACAGCCAAAACCAGUUCGGACAUAACCCCGAAUCCCCACUACUGGGCGAGCCCAUCUUCGAUCCCAUGUCUUUGGAUAACCGAGCUGCGGGGAAUAUCGACAGCACCGAAGCAGACCAGGAUAUCAUAAAGACCGCGCGCCAAUUACCUCUGCACCGGUAUAGCUGGUGGGAUACCGCCGAUGAAGGAUACCCCCAAUUCUGCAUCCCGACGACAGAAAACUCCAAACCUGCGCCCGCAGACUUCAACCACAACCUAAUCUCACCCUCAGAACCAGCGCCUUGGCUUUCGUGGGACUUCUCCCGACCAGUCAGCCAUACCCAACUACACUUCACCGGCGCAGAGCUUCGCGAAUUCCAAUCCCUUGCGCUGGAAACAGGGUUUCGAAGUGAUAUCUCCCGACUGGACGCUCUGCUGGCACACUUAUGGAUAAAGAUCACGCGAGCACGCGGAUACGCAGAUUCCUCGAAACCCGUCUAUCUCGAUCUAAGUCUCGGCGCACGAGCGCGUGUAUCGCCCGCUCUGCCUGAUGCAUUUAUCGGAUCACCGCUGUUCCUAACCCACGUGGGGGGACCUGCGUCUUGGGCGUGUAAGCAAACAGUAGGCGAAAUGGCUAGUCGAAUACGGGAGACGAUGAAGGGGUUCACGGCGGAUGCUGUAGGUGCGAUGCUGCACGAUGCUGCAUAUGAGGUAUCACCGCAGCGACUGUGGCAGGCGUUUGUGGGAUCCGAACAUACGCUUGCCACGUCGUGGUUGCGGCUGCGGCUUUACGAGGUGGAUUUUGUUGGGAGUAGGCCGCGGUAUGUGCAUGCCGUUAUGCCGAGGAUGGAUGGGUGUCUUCAGAUUAUGGAUAGUGCGGUUGGGGACGGGGGGAUGGAUGUUGCACUUUAUCUUGAUAGGGAGGCUAUGCAGCGGUUGUUAAAUGGUGGGAACUGUACUUGA